AUGCUCAGAAGCAAGGCAGGUCAAGAAGGAUGCGAUGUCUAUAUUCCUCCACUAACAUAUAUCUACACGGACGGUGUUGCACUGCCUCAAGGUCCGGUCGAUUUUCCAACUACCACAUCGAUUCUCAUCUUCAAUGCAGCCAUUGCCAAUCACUUGUUUGCAAGAGUACAGGGGCGAAAAGAGGCAUCGCUUCGCUACCUGCGCAAAGCGAAGAAGCUCUACGUAUUGGCGCAUGAGGGACAAGAAAACAGCGAUGUUAACUUCCUGUUCCACAUCGCCAUCAUAAACAAUUUGGCAAUGGUUGAUCUAGCAAUCGGCGAUCUGGAAUCCGCUCACAAGAGUUUCGAGUAUAUGGUCAGCUUGAUGAUGCUUCAGCUCGAUCAAGGAUACGAUCUCUCAUCCCAUCUGCAUGAUUUCCUUUCAAACAUACCUAUCGCAAUAAAGGCUGCGCCUGCGGCGUAG